ACGGCAGUGUCGGCGCUAGAGUGGGACCCCCGCAGUGAGUACUUGGCGACAUGUGGCAGUGAUGACAAAGUGUGUCGAGUUUGGCAGCAAGAAGAUUCGGUCAAGGUUUGUCGCACCAGAUUCCAGCUCACGCACAGUCAUGUGCCCAUCUCACUAGCCUGGUCUCCUGUCAUAGGUGAAACUCUACUUCUAUGUGUGGGUACUGAGAAUGGAGUGAUUCACAUUUGGCUGCUCCCAUUGGACGACCACAACCAACCAAUAGCAUCGUCGCAGGAGUGUCACAAUAACGGUCCACCUGUGGCUUUGCACGUUAUCCAAG